AUGGGUUGCUUCAACACUAUGUGCCGUCUCCAAGCGGGUCUUCUCCUGCUGCCGGCAUUCGGUCAAGGCCAAGCGCUACUGCCUUGCAGCGCCGGUACGAGCCGCUCCACCGUAACGAGUACCGCAGGUGCUGCCUCUCUGGCAAGCUCCCUCGAGUGCUCGAAUGGCGACUUUGCCGUGGAGUGGGACGGAGAGGUGGUUGUUGCCCGAACCAUCCAUGUUUUUGAAGGCACGUCCCUCACCAUCACAGGGGCCGCCGGAAGAGGGAGUGGGAUCAUGGACGGGAAUCAUGAAACACAGCUCAUCUCCCUCGGCGGGGGCUCGACCUUGUACUUGACGAACAUGACCCUCGCCAACGCCAACUCAUCCUCCAACGGCGGGGCUAUAUACGUCGGAGAGAGGUCAAGGGUCGUGCUGACCGGGAGCAACUCUUUCACAGCAAACUCCGCCACCACCCUCGGAGGGGCGAUGAUGGUGGAAGAAUCCUCGGAAGUAACGUGGGAUAGCGGGGAAGCGUUUUUUAUGGACAACCUCGCGACCAAUGCAGGGGGCGCCAUUUUCGUAGACGAUGGCUCGACCAUCUCGUGGACGGGUGCCUCGACCUUCACCGGGAACACCGCUGUCCACGGGGGUGCCGUGCUGGCGCGCAACGCUUCGGUGCUCUGGAACUCUUCGAGUACUAUGUUUAGCCGUAACGAGGCGUCGAAUUUCGGCGGCGCCAUCGUAGCUGAUGUUUCGUCGGAGCUAUCGUGGGACGGGAACACGUGGUUGCUCGACAACGAGGCCACCAACUACGGCGGUGCGGUGUACGUGAAAGACUUGUCCAAUGUAUCGUGGGGCGGCGACACCACCGUUUCCGGAAAUUCCGUCCUCGUAAACGGAGGUGGGAUCAUGGCGGAUGAGUCAUCCCGGCUGUCGUGGGGUGGAAACACGGUGCUGUCGAACAACAGCGCCGUCGGCUGGGGCGGCGCGGUGUACGUCAAAAAUUCGUCGAGUAUAUCGUGGAGCGGCAACACCACCAUCUGCCACAACUCCGCCCAGGACGGGGGAGGGAUAAUGAUGUACGACGGGGUUACCGGAUCUUGGACCGGUGAGACGACCUUCGAGCACAACACCGCGCUCUGGACCGCAGGCGCCUUGACUGUCCACACGUCUUCUAGAGCCUCCUGGACCGGUACGACGGCGUUCGAGCAUAACACCGCCGACAGGGGAGGCGCGAUGUUCGUGUGGGCAUCGGAGGUUUUGUGGAGCGCCGGCAACACCACGUUCGCGCACAACCUCGCCUACGACGACGGCGGCGCGCUCUACGCCACCCUCGACCACCGGAUCGAGUGCAGCGGCGGCCGUACAACCUUCUGGAACAACACGGCUGCCGCGGGCGACGGCGGCGCCCUAGGCCUGUACGGAUCGAUGGCCCUCUCUUCGUCGGUCGUCAACAUCUCCGGAGAUGUAACGUUCACCAACAACUCGGCGUUCGGGAACGGUGGGGGUGUUUUCUCGUCCGCGAACACGGCUGGCCAGUACUUCGAGGGCGUGACGUUUCAGUACAACUCGGCGGCCGUCGGCGGCGCGGUCGCGACGUACGGCACCGGCAACGGGGACGAGGUCACCCCGGUACCGGCGAGCUUCGUGGGGUGUCGGUUCAUGAGCAAUGCCGCCACAGAGACGGGUGGCGGCGUGGAGUCUGCCUUUGGCCAGGAGAAUUUCGUUUCUUCGCACUUCCAGGACAACUAUGCAGACGUGGGUGGAGCGCUGCAGCUCGGAGGCAAAACCAACGUGGACGGCUGCGCAUUUGUCGCCAACUCCGCGUCGAGCCGCGGUCUCGCUAUCGCCGCCGUCGGCUUCGUGAACAUCAGCGACACCUUGUUCGAAGGCAACACCUUCUUCUGCCAAGCGGGAGAGUUUGUUGAAAACAAGGAGCAGGAGGAAGGCGACUCCGGGCGCUACGAUACGGUGUGUUUCGACUGCCCGGAACGGAGCGAGUGCUACAGUUGCUCCGUCCAAGAGGCCGCCGGCCGGCCGACAUGCUCCGUCGCGCUGGACAACACCGUCUCCGAGGAAGCCGGCGUCUCGCUGGAGACGCUGAGCAUGUCUCGAGGCUACUGGCGCGCGUCCAACUCGAGCUUGAUAAUUCUCGCAUGCUACAACCCGGAGGCUUGUCUCGGAGGGCAGACGGGGGUUGAUAACUCUUGCGACAAUGGGUACCAAGGGCCAUAUUGUGCUGUGUGCGAAUCAGGGUAUGCUUCGUCCCUGGCUCAUACGUGCACCCAGUGCUCCAGUUCAAGGCGCAACGGGUUUGUGGUGGCGGCGGCGAUCGCGGUAGUAGCUGCUGUCUGCGCUAUAGUGGCGAUUUGCGCGCAUUUGAUCUCUGGGGAAGUCAGCGAGCAGAGCUGCCUUCAUCGGAGACUGUCUGCAAUGCUUCCGCUGCAGUCCUUCAAAAUCAUCAUCGUGGUGUGGCAGAUUCUGACCCAGUUCGCAUCCGCCGCGAACAUAUCGUUUCCGGACGUCUACCAAGACUUCAUCAACGCGCUCGACGUGGUCAACUUCGACCUCGGCUCUCUGGUUGCUUCCGGGUGCUGGGCGGACAUCAACGUCGACUUCCACGACCGGCUGCUCGUCAGCACUCUCGGGCCGUUGCUCGUGGUCGGGGGUCUAGCUUCGACCUACGCGGUAGCGCAGCGAAGGAACUCCUCGGCCUCCGGCGGCUCUCAAGCAGGCGUGGAGGCCAUCCGCCACAAGCACCUCUCCGCUUUCCUCCUGGUGACCUUCCUGGUGUACUCGUCGGUGUCGGCGACGGUCUUCCAGAUGUUUGCGUGCGACAAGCUCGACGACGGGCACACGUACCUCCGGGCCGACUACCGGAUCCUCUGCACGAGCGCCAAGCACGAGGCGCUCCAGGUGUACGCGGCGUUCAUGAUCGCCCUUUAUCCCGUGGGGAUCCCGCUUCUGUAUGCCUACCUCUUGCACCACCGGCGUGACGUGCUGAUGGACCCUACGGCAGACAAGGCGUCUGCCCAGUCCACCGCCGACCUGUGGGAGCCGUAUAGACCAGAGCGGUUCUAUUAUGAGGUCAUCGAGUGCGGGCGCCGGGUCUUAUUGACCGGUGUCGUUGUCUUCAUCUACCCGAACACUGCGGCUCAGGUCGCGGUGACCAUACUGAUCGCGUUCUUCUUCCUUAUGGUGUACGAGAUGCUGGCGCCGUACCGGUCGGACUCGGACAUGUGGCUUUCUCGCGGGGGCCACGUGAUUGUCUUCCUCAGCAUGUUCGACGUGCUCCUCUUGAAGGUGGACGUGUCGGACGAGAGAACCGAGAGCCAGAGGGUGUUUGCUGGCGUGAUUGUCGCUGGCCAUUGCCUGAUGUUUCUCGCCGUCAUAGUUGAGGCGGUCGGGGUGUGUUACGCCUCCAGCAAGGGACAACCGGUUUCGGAGCACUCGGUCCCAUCUCGGAGAACUUUCGGGCCCGCGGCUCAGCGUUCGCGUUCGACUCGGGCGCUAGAAACGGCAGAAGACGAGGAGUGUCUGCCUGCUGAAGCCCCUCUCGGGUCGUGGAAGUCGUUCGUGGGGCUGGACGCGGCGUUGGAAGAGUCCUAGCCAGUAGGUCCAAGGGCUUGUGAGCUCCUCUGUUCCUCUCGUGUGAUGAAUAUGUUGCGCACUCCGAACUCGGGUGCUGGUUUUGGCCGAUUGAUUGCUCAGGCACAAACAGCAAGGUUGUUUGGGUUGCUGCCUUCAUUUUCAAGUUGUAUUUGUUCGGUGACUGUGUUUAUGGCCUGUAUGCGAAAGGCUGAAAACUGAAAUUUGACGCAACAGGUGAAGGGGGCAGUUAUCAAAGCCUAAAUGUCUUUUUUCGCCUUUUGGGCUCCUCUGCCCUCGAAGUAGGUACCUUGUGCCGUUCCUCGUGUGCACCUCUUUCUAAGCGAUUGAAAUGACAAACCGUGCAAAUACCCACGUUCCUCGAGGACGGGUCCUACCGAAAGCUAUCUAGCAUGUUGACGAAACUUGGACAAGGUUGGAGCAACUGGGGUUGUCCAGGUUCCUCGUUUAUUUCUUGCGGUGUCCUCCCCCUCGGUCAAAGUCCAGUAGGGUGGUCACACCCAGAAAUUGGCCACGUUGUAGCAGCGGUAGUCCCAUAAGAGCAUCACUUCACGAGGCAAUCAUUGGGUGUUUCGACAAUUGG